GACGGCCCAGCGCGCCUCGUAACCCCGCAACAGCAUCUGAUUAGGAAGAUGCAUGUCCGGAUGUCAUUGCAUCUGACCGUCUUGGCCAGUGGGUAGGAGCACAAAGAAUAGUAACCACUACCAGAGCACAUAUGCGGGGUGAUGUCCUAGCGUAUGCUGGUACCUUUAGAGGCAUGAUGUGUCCGUCUACUCGUCAUCAUGUCGCGCUGGAGAAGUGUCAGCCAACCACUCGAACACCUGCUCUAUGCAUCGAGAAUUGGCUUUAUCGUAGAAUAGGAGCCCUCUCAUGGCGAGAUCAUCAUUCAUCGUCCAUGAAAGACUGCGGCGACAGUCACAGUGUGUUUGGGUCACGUGCUUAGAUGCGGAGGGAUUUCACGGCAAAGGUUUCAGCCGCUGACAUUAUCGUGGGAUCCCUUUCUGGCUUCUACUUUAUACUGCCAGUGGCUCGUCGGGG